CGCCUUUGGCUAAGCGAGGUGAAGCAGUAGAAGAGGUAUCCCAUUUUUUUUCACACUGCUCAGAGUCUGAACCUGAUGAAAGCAAAGUAAAAGAUGAGAUAAGGUCCCAAUUAGACCAUCUUCAUGUUGAUCAAAAAUCAAAAGAAAAGCAUGAUAAACCUGAAGCUAGAUCAGAAUCGACUGGAAUUUGUUUACUAGAUGCAGGAACUUUUCUCUCCUUACUAUAUUCAAAGCUGGGCGAAGCAACACAUGAUUCGAAUAAUGGACUGGCAAGAUAA